UAUAUUAUAGUAAUGAUGGCCAGUGUUAACAAAAAGAUGCGAACCACUGAUGUUGUGGACAAUGAAUUGUAUCCCGAAAUGGAUCUCCUGAUGAACUCCGAGGUAAGUGAUGUCAAGUUUGUAAUCAAUGGCCAAACGAUUCCGGCAAUCAAAGCCUUGAUGUCGGCCAAGAGUGUUGUGUUUCGGUCAAUGUUUUCGGGCAAAUGGCUUGAAUCAGGUGGCAAACCCAUUGUCAUCAAAUACACUACUCCGGAGGCGUUCAAAGUAAUGAUCGGUUUUAUAUAUACCGAGCAAUUGAUGCUCAACAACGACAAAGACAUCGAUCACAUCCGGGAUGUACUGAAACUCGCCGACAGAUAUCAAUUGAAACGAUUGAUUCAAAGUUUGGUCCGACUAUUGAUACCAUUGAUAACUAUGGAUAACCUGGAAGUGUUGGCCCGUUUGGCGUUUACCUAUCAAUUGGAUGCAGUGAUCGGCAAAAUUAAGAUAUUUAUUGAUGAAAAUUUCCAGCAAUUGGUCCGAAAACCAGAAUCAGAAUUGUAUUCAAUCAAUACAGCCGUCAAUAAUCUAUUGUUUAGUAAAUUGUUUCGAAAUUAUAGGUCAAUGAAAGAUAUGAUACCAUCGACUAAUAUUUAUUAUAGUAAUAGCAUUUCUAACUAUUAUCAAUAUAAAAUCAAUGGACAACAAUAUACUGUUCCCGGAUAUAGUACCGGUACAGUCAAAGACAUUGAUUUCAGAAAAUUUUAA